CUAUCCACAGUCUCUGGUCAUCCCUGUGCUGUCCGCAGUCUCUGGUCAUCCCUGUGCUGUCCGCAGUCUCUGGUCAUCCCUGUGCUGUCCGCAGUCUCUGGUCAUCCCUGUACUGUGUCCGCAGUCCCUGGUCAUCCCUGUGCUGUCCGCAGUCUCUGUCCCUGGUCAUCCCUGUACUGUGUCCGCAGUCUCUGGUCAUCCCUGUGCUGUCCGCAGUCUCUGGUCAUCCCUGUACUGUGUCCGCAGUCUCUGGUCAUCCCUGUACUGUGUCCGCAGUCUCUGGUCAUCUCCUGUACUGUGUCCGCAGUCUCUGGUCAUCUCCUGUACUGUGUCCGCAGUCUCUGGUCAUCCCUGUACUGUGUCCGCAGUCUCUGGUCAUCCCUGUACUGUGUCCGCAGUCUCUGGUCAUCUCCUGUACUGUGUCCGCAGUCUCUGGUCAUCCCUGUACUGUGUCCGCAGUCUCUGGUCAUCCCUGUACUGUGUCCGCAGUCUCUGGUCAUCCCUGUACUGUGUCCGCAGUCUCUGGUCAUCCCUGUACUGUGUCUGCAGUCUCUGGUCAUCCCCUGUACUGUGUCCGCAGUCUCUGGUCAUCCC